AUGCAGCAGCCAUGGAAGUUGCGCGUUCUCGCGCUAUGCUUAGUAUCAGGUUUAUCUGGCGUGUCUGCUCAAGACUACACCACAUCCACAUAUGACACAUCCACUGGCACUGAGACUUCCUCUGGUAUUGGUCUACCCAAUGUUGAUCCUACUCCCUCAACUGAGGUGUCUCUACCAGAAACAACAUCGGCACCUUACGUAGAAGGUCCUUCCUCGGAAGUUACUUCGGAGGCUCAUGUGGAAAUCGGGACCAGCUCUGCAGUCAAGGACGAGACUAGUAUCCCUUUUGUUCCUCACACUGAGGAGACUACUUCAUUGGUGGAGUCUGCGACAGAGAUCGCCCAUCAAGAACCAUCUACUGAGACUCAGAUCGAGGCUAUUAUCCCUACUGUUGAGACACAAUCUCAACAGCCUGACUUUACCACUGCCAUUAGCAACCCAAUUGACACUACUACUGGCCCUGUAGAGUUUAUUGAUACCACGACUGGCCCUAUCGAAGCUCCCAACCAAUCUACGCAGACUGGUCCAGUACAAGACACGACGACUGACCAAGCAUUGCCAGUGACUGAGAGUACAACACACAACCAGCCACCCGUUGUAUCUACGGAAUCAACGGAAGCCGUUGAACCUACGACCCAGGCCGAAGCUCAGCCUGUGGUUUCCACUGGGUCGACAGACUCUGCGGAGACCACCGUCUCAGGUCCUGCUCCAGAGAACACUAUCGAGACUACUAGUCAAGCCGCUGAGCCUACCACUGAGGUGAAGCCCCAGGAGCCUUCUACAGAGUCGGCUGAGAUUUCCGUGGAGUCUACUACAGAGGAAGAGGCCCCAGAGCACACCAGUGAGGAGGAGUCUCCCGAGCAGUCUACCCAGUCAAAGGAUGCUGUCGAGACUACUCAGGGCGGACCCGACCCCAAGCCGACAGAGGACAACAACGACGCCCCUUCUACUAAGAACGAGCCUGGUCAGACUUCUGCUCCUGAUGAGCCUGAAAAGACCACAGCCAAUGCUGAACCUACACCCACUGAGGAUGGUAUCGUGACUGGUACCAACGGCGCCGUUGUGACCUACGUUCCUGAGCAGGACAAGGACUUUUCUGACUUCACUGGCACUACUACCACUACCGAUGAUGGCGGUGCUGCUAUUGUCAUUUUCCCUGGCGGUUGGUUCUGGAAGCCUUCUGGUAACCUGCCUGCUGGAAUCCUUCCUGGUCCUCCUGCCUCUAACCCUGGCCCCAUUGGUGGUGGUAGCGGCGGUGGCGGUAGUGGCGAAGGAGACGGAGAAGACGAUGACGAUGACGAUGAGCAGUCAACUAAGAAGGAAGAGGACAAGUCAACUGCUGAGCCCUCAGAAACAACCGUUCAAACAACUGCCAAGUCCACUGAAGCAUCUACUACUUCUACUGAGGCAUGCUCUGCCGUUGAGAUUGAGGAUUGUACGCGAACUAUUUCCUACUACACCACUGACGGCACUCUCACUCACACUGAGUUCGGAGACUGCCCUACCAUCGCUAGCUGUGCUACUGGUACCCAAGCCACUGCUACCACGACCGCCUCUGCAGAGUAUGAAGAAGGCGUGGAAGUGCAGAUUGACGAGGCUGAUGUUGAUAUCCCUGAUGACUUUGAUGGUGAUGUUUCUGACGACACCGCUCAGAGAUCCCAAGAGGUGAUGGACGAGUACUGGGCGGAUUAUGGUGUCUCAACUGGUACUGAAACGACCGCAGAGGCUACCUCUACCAGCGAGUCAACUGAGACUACUAGCGAGACCAAGACAGAGGAAGUCACUACAACCGAUGCUACUACCGACAUGACAACCACUGUUCCUAGCACCCUCAUCACAAUGACUCGCAACACUGAGUCUUCUCAAGAGUCUUCUGGUACUACAUCUGACGGUACAUCCUCAGACACAAUCACCACUAUGGCCUCAAGCACUGAGAUGCCCACUACCACCACAUCUUCACUCCGUACCUACUACCCCUGCCACCCUUAUGGAGGCCCCAGAGUCGCUACUCCUUACUGCCAGUGCGAGACCACCAGUGACGGUAAACAGAUGGUUGCAACUGCUCCUAUGGUCUCAUACGCAUGCGAUGUCUAUACCGAAUUCCCUGCCAGUCUCUACACCACACCUCCUCCCGCCCCGACACCCACCGUCUUCAACGAGCGGUACACUGAGACCAAUGCAGGCACCGUCCUGAUCUGGGAGUCGUACUCUCUUCGCGAAUGGAAGAUCAUGGGUCAUCCCGUUACCAACACCAUUGGUCUUGGAGAGGCCUCGACCGUUUCGACACCCGUUCCCACUGCGACCGAUACCAACGGUGAUGGUUCCGACAUCUGCACCAGUAUCGACAAGAACGUCCGCAACGCUUUGUACGGUGCUUGUGACGGCGCUUUGGACCAGUUUGAGGAUGAUACUAUCUAUGACAAGUACACGGGCCGUUACUCCCAGAUGGGCAGUAUUCUGAAGGCAUUGACUUUUGGUAAGGCGAGCUGCAUUGUUCAGUUCUCGUGUGAUGACUACGGUAUUGGAAUGAAGGGUAGUGACAUCAAGAAAAUUCGCGAGGACAACCGGGACGACGUUGGUCGAUGUGGUAACAUUUAUCUAUCCAAUUCGUGUAAGAUUCACCUGGAUUACUGCACAGAGUGCAAGUCGGACAACUAA